AUGCAAGACAGCGAGAGCUCAAAAGAAGUCGAAAUGCAAGACCAACAAUAUGCUGAUGAUGAGGACGAAAAAGAAGAUUUUAAAGAAGACAAAAAGGAGAACUUUGAAGAAGAUGAAAAAGAAGAAUCACCUCCUUCUGGAAAGAAUAAUUACACUUUUUCUGAGAAGAAAUAAGAAAUCAGAUAAAGAAUAUAAGCAAAUUAAUGUUGAUAGUGGUGCUGCACCUGGGUUGAGCAAUCAUUAUCCCACUAUUACCAAGGCUCUCGAGGCUGCUACCCCUUAUACGGUGAUAAAGAUAACCUCUGGAAAUUAUAGAGAAAAUGUCAAGCUUAAAAUUCCUUAUAUUACACUUGAGCCAAAGGAAAAAUGUGGAGAGGUCACCAUUGUCUCUGGAGGAGAUCCUUGUCUCUUUAUUGAUCUGCCAAAACAAGAUGAUUAUGUUGUUCUUGACAGCAUAAAAAUUAAGUAUAACACAGCCUCAACUAAAGAGGAUACCAAGAAUCCUACAAAUACUGAUGAGAGCAUUGACCCAGCAAUGCUUUCUCAAUUUGUAGAAACCUUUGAGGUUCAAGAUCGCAUGAAAUGUAUUGUAAAUAUUAAGAAAGGGAAUCUAUAUUUAGGCAACUGUAAGGUUGACUUUGAAGGCUCCAUGGAUCAUCAUGAUGAUAUUUUCCCUUGCAUUGUAGGGCAGAAAAAUAGCUCUCUUAUUGCUGAAUCAUGCACAAUUAAAGGAGACUCAUUGCACGAAGCUAAUACAAUAGGUGUCUUAAUGGAACAACCCAGCAUGACUACUCUGAAACAUUGUCUUAUUGAGCAUCAUCUUGAUGGAGGAAUAAUCUUAAAUCUGAACAGUGAAAGUUUAGUCGAUAUCACCGAAAAUGAGAUGCGAGUAUGUAAGAAAGUUGGUAUCUUCAUUCAAGGGGAGGACAGUCUGCCUUCUAUCGAGGGCAACUUCAUCAAGUUAUGUCUAUCACCUGCCAUAGUCAUAGGCACAGGAGUAAGCGCGAUGAUCAGUAAAUAACAAUCUGUACUCAGACAAGAUGGGCGUAGUCAUCCUUAACAGCAAGUCUACCGUGUAUGACAAUAAGAUUAAAUAAAUCUCACGAGGAUGGAAUCCAGGUAAGAUGCCUAGGCCAGGAGCAUGUCUGUUGUCCUACUAUUAAAGACAAUGAAAUCUGCGAGUCAAAUGGCAAUGGCAUCCUUAUUGAGGGCGACAAUGCAAACCCUAAGAUACUUAAUAAUAUCGUUGACAACAAUAAGAAAUGAGGAGUUAUUUUGAAAGAUUGUGCUCAAAUUGACACCUUCAAGAAGAAUUCUAUUAGAAAGAAUUAUACUCAGGGAGUGCUGAUAGUAGAAGGCUGUAGUGCUAUAAUUGAGGACAACACUAUCUCUAUGAACUUGAAGGCAAACAUAGCAUAUGGAGGCCAAGGCUCUCAAAACACUAAGAUUAUUAACAAUGUCGUCUCUGGCUCUGUUGCUGAAGGAAUCUUUGUUGUUGAGGGGCAUGAAAACACUGUUAUUGUUGAUAACAAGGUUGAAAAGAACAAAGAUGGCAUCGUUUUAUACAACUCCAAAGGAUCUUGCAAGGAUAAUACGAUCAGAGAGAACCAAAGAUCGGGCAUUCUUGUCGGGGGUCAAACAAGUGCUGAUAUUUCAAAUAACAUCUUAGCUGCUAACAUCUGUUUCCAAAUUCUAAUCAAAGAUCCUCGUCAGCAGAAAAAGAAGAAGGACAAGAAGAAGCUGAAAGAACUCUACGAAUGUAAUAACCUCGAAGAAGCUCCUUCAUAA